AAUCACGCUUUGGUGGGUCACAGUCUGCCUCAGUGAAGCCCAAUAUUGUGGCGAGGAAGACCCCCAGCCCCGCUCCUCCUCCAUCCUCUGUGAGGACCUCCAGUCCUGCUCAUCCUCCAUCCUCACUGAGGACCCCGUCUACCGCCUCUGUGAGGACCCCCAGCCCUGCUGUUAGCACCAGCCUGGAAGUAGCCACUGAUGGGACAGGAGAAAUCCAUCUAGCUGCUACUGGGGCUACAGCUUCUGUCUGGUUGCCGGGUGAGCUGAGCAAGUCAAUCCCUGUUCAAGAUCAGAGGUGGAUAUCCAACACCCUCUUUCACUCUGGCAAACUGUGGCCAGAUUUGAAGCUGUGGUAUGAGCCCCCUGUUCCAGCACUGAUUUAUCACCAAACGCCAACACCCGACCGCUUCUUCACCCAUCGGCUGAUGGUGUGGAUGCCCUACCGCCUUUGGAGGGUGAGGGUGUUCUGCCCAGCUUGUGGGAAGCAGUUGACGGGUGCUGGCAUUCACAGGAGAGCUCGGAAGGUCCUUGACAUUGACAGAUACUACCUAAUGGUGACAGAGACACUCAGGUGCUCUGUGUGUUUCCUGACCACUCUGUCUACCAGUCAGACUGUCAGGGACCAGCUGGACCUGCCACACCAGAAUUUGUUCCGGCUCAUCCUGACCUGCAAGUAUGCUUGUGACAUUCGUGUCAUUCGGAUGCUUCGGGAAAGGACCCUUGGCAACAGUCCAACACGACUGGUGAAGCAGCUCAAGGAGAACCAUGGGGAGGAAUGGCUGACCCGGUUGGCACACUAUCUCGGGGAGUGUGCUGACUUUGUGGAUCGACCCAGUCUGUUCCCAGUGGUCUGCCAGGAGCCCCCUGAACCCAUCGAAAUUCCCACCAGUCGUUGGCUGCUGUCUGUGUACGGCAGGGACAUCCUCUCCCGCAUGGACCACAUCAAGGCCAGCAUCACCUCCAUGUUUGGCUCCAUUUUAAAAAUGGAUUCAACCAAAAAGAUCACAAAGAAGCUGUCUGGCCAUGGCAAGGGGACCGCUCUCUGGGUGACCUCCCUUGGGAACGAGGUUGGACAGAUCCUGACCAGUGUCCUCACAGUGCAGGAGGGGCCGGGAUUGGAUCACAUGGUGUCUGGUGUGAUGGAGCGGUACCGCCAGGCAGCUGUUCCACCCCCAGUGCUGCUGUACGUGGACUGUGGCUGCUGCAAAAGCGAGGGGCCAAGCAAGGUGCAGACCAGGUUUGGAGAGUGGCCAGACCUCCACAUACGGCUGGACAUCUGGCACUUUAUGAGGAGGAUGGCUAUCGGCUGCACCACCGAUGCUCACCCACUCUACCCCACCUUUAUGGGCUCUCUGUCUGCCUGCAUCUUUGAGUGGGAUGCAGGGGACCUCACUCUGUUGCGGCAGGCAAAGAGAGCGCAGCUCAGGCAGGAGGGUGUGCCAUCCAUAACGGAUCUUGUGGUGGACACCAAGAUCUCCAAGAUGGAGCUGAGCCUCUACUGCCGCAGGAAGACACGCGGCGAAGAGACCACCAUCAGCCUCAUCGACCGGCUGCUGCAGGAACUGGGGGGUGCAAGAGGUAGAGACCUCAUGGGGGUGCCACUGCUGGACCAGGUGCGCAUGGAGCACAUCUGGCGUGUGCAGAAACACCACGUCAAGUGCAUCCAGGACGUGCCAGGGGUGCAGCUGUACACUGAGGUUGGAAGCACCACCAAGGGGGGCGUCGUACUGACCAGGUACCGCUGUGCCAGGGGGUCCACAUCCCUGGAGUCGUUUCAUUGCCACCUAAACAGGUUCAUUCCAGGAACCAGUGCAAAUGCACUGAAUUUCCAGCUGUACCUCCUGGAAGGCCUAAAUAGGUGGAACCAGGAUCGGGGGACUGCAGCAGUGACCAGCAAGCCAUCGUCCCUCCUCACCUACUCCGGGGGUGUGGCCCACUGUGUAAACACCAACAGCCUGAAAGUGUUUGGCCGGGCAUUUGUGCCAACCUUCACGCCACCUGCCAAAUACACUGGAGAGCUGCUUGGUGUUGACUACCUGCUGAGUCAGACUGGGCAGUCUCUCAACGUGAACCCCGACUCAGAGGAGACAGAGGGCAUGCUGGAGGAUGUUCAUGAGGGCGAGGAAGAAGAAGAUGAGGGCUUCCAGGAAGAACCAAGUCUUGCUGUGUCAAGUCUCCUGGAUGACCCAAGCUUCUCUACUCCCACCCUGCCUCCUGCCUCCAUGGCUAAAAUCAAUGUAUCUGCGUUUUGCUGUGGAUGA